AUGGUACUAGCUGAAGGCGUUGAAAUCGCGGAGGUUAAUGUGCCCGUUCUGUGCGAGGCGGUAUGGAAAAGCCAAGUAAGCCAUCGUGUUUUGGAGAAGGUCAACGUUGAGAUUGUGGAACUACUGGAGAGAGUGCUAUCCAUUCAUCCUCUUAAUAGUGCAAGUUUGGAAUCCUUUGCCGAGGCGAAGUUUAUUUCCUUCACACAGUCUUCCUCACAGUGGCGACUUCUCUUUGUUCAGAUGCUAAUAACCCUCCGCGGCAACGAAAUGCUUGCUCCUCUGCGAAAUCGACUACUCUCUUCCACCGUCACCAUCUCUGCCUUCAACUUGGAAGUGCUGCUGAACCUUAUUUCCACCGUUGCGGUCUGUUGCAAGGGAGGAACCUUGCUUAUUUCAGACAUGCUUUAUGACCUCCUUGUCCAUAUCUUCUCUUCAACGCGGUUACCGGAAGCCAAGACCACUUCCCCGAAAAAAUCCCCUAACCUUGUUGCUUUGUUGGACGACUCUUUCUCUUCCUCCCAGGAGUCACUUUCAGCUGUUAUUGAUCCACUGGAUUGGCGGUUUUGCCAGCUUCAGCAUGCGCUCCUUCUCGCUCGACAGCUCGCAACUGAAGAUUCUCGUGUCACAUCCUUUUAUUACGCUCAGUGGUGGCGCGAACGCUUUUCUACUCCGCCUCAUCAAGCCGGUGUGUUAGCCACACGUCGAAGUCUUGAGUUCCUUGCUACUACUCUACUUCGCCUUCUACCCCAUGAAAUGAGCGCGGUCUACCUUCAUGCACAGCUGACUGCUGCUUCGCCCUUCUGGCUGGCUGCCAGUGACCCCCAGGAAGAUUGUUUUCGGGCUUGGAAGGAGUACAUGGAAGUGGGUCGAGACAGACUGGCCGAAUUGAGGGGGGUUGGCACCACGUCGAAAUCGGAUGCGGAUGCGGACGCCAUUGCAGUAUCGAAUGUAUGGUCGGACGAGGUGUCAGGCCUAGUGAAAGAGUUCACUGGAAUUAUAAUGGAAACUUCCUCAACACCGAAGAUUCCAACAGCGGUAGUGGAGAUGCAUUUAUUUCGAGGUCACUACUUGCAUGAAGUGGUGAUGCCGAUGUUGCGCUCUCCUCCUCCCACUCUGCCGGCUGAUCAACGUGCAGCGUGUGCCGCGCUUCUGCGUUGCAUCGAAGCGCGCUUCGGUAGCGGUACUAGUUCUGGCUUCAGAUGUGGCACUACGAUCGAGAAGCGUUCACGAAACGUGCGUGUUGGAAGGUUGGGUGGGAAGAAAACGAGGAAGUAA